AUGACCGGUCUUUCAUCCAAAGUCAUCACUACCGGAGUCAGAUUGCUAGCUUCUCGACGAAACAGGACACUGGGAGUCUGCUCUGGAAUCCUCUACAAAGGUCCGGCGCAGCACCGAUGUCAGUCCACAAAGAAGCCCGCUGUCGCGGCUGUCAAGCGCCCAAACUCGAGGACUGAGUCAAGAUCGAAUGCUCAGGCUCCGGCGUCCCACAAACAGCCCACCGACUCUACAGACGAUAAGUUCUACAAGUACUACCUCUACGACAUGCCAAACAAGCCGUCCAAAAUCGAUCCUACCGGAGCAUGGCUCGAAUGGGCUGAAUUCGAUGCCGGAAAGUCAUCGCUGCCUGUACCUCUGCGCGAACGACCACUUGAAUUCUUCGACCCUCUCGGCGCUCCCACGUCUGGUUUGCUUGAUCUCUACACCGCGCAAUUGUGUUUGGAGAGAUACAUCGCAAAAACGGCUGUCGGUCGUUCGAAGGAGGACAUGCGGGAACAGUUUGCAAGCCCGAACGAUCUCCCGGGGACGCAAGCUCUAUCUUGGCUCCGACAAGACUAUGACAGAGCUGACCUGAGUGACAAUGUGGGCUUCCUUAGAGCGCUAGUCUACUGUCUAUCCGCCGAGGGCGGUGAGGAGCAGGUCUGGCGCUGGCUGGAACUCGAGCAUAACCCCGCUAUACUAUCGCACCAGCAGCAUUAG